AUGUCAUCCCUGGACAACGAAAUUGCCACUACUGCAAACGACUUGCUCGAAAGUCUUGACCUCCAACUGGACAAGUACGACGUUCGUCAGAAGUUGUGGCAGGGCUAUGGACACGUGUGUAGUGUGGAAGCAAGCAGUGACCUGGGAACUUCACGGUUCCUGAUCUUGAAAUAUGUCAGGCCUCCUCCAUCUCGGGAUGCCGAAUCCGAAGGACAUCUACGCAAGGUCAUUAGCUAUUCCGUCGAGCAGCACUUCUACACCACUCUUGCGCCUCUUAUACCACGCGAGAUCGCCGUUGCCCAGUGCCAUGCCAGCAUCAACGCAGAAGGCAAGGUGGCACUGCUCCUCGAGGAUUUGCGCAAUCGAUUUCCUGUUGCUGGCGAGAAGAAGUCAGCCUUAAAUAAAACUCAAGUUCAUGCUGCGAUCGACUGGUUAGCCAGAUUUCAUGGCUUUUGGCUUCAAAAUUUAGCACAGGCAAACAAGUAUCGCUUACGACUCCCUCCACUUGAGGAUGCGCAAAGCCGAGAAGCGCUAGAAGAUCACAGACAAGGCGGCGUUUGGUUAAAUGGGGGCUAUACCUAUCUUUCAACGCGUCGAUCUGAGUUCGAAUCUCUGAGCGAAGACGACAAUUCCGAGUGGUCAAGAGCACUUUGUGCGCCCGUGGCUAACUCUGGGACGUCUAUUGCUGAACAGGUCGCGAGAAUCUUGUCGCCAGCCACUGUGACAUCGCGAUCAGGUCUCGACCAGUACCAGAGCCUUAUUCAUGGAGAUGUAAAGUCCGAGAAUCUUUUCACGACAGAGUCCGGAGAGGCAGUCGCAUUUUUCGACUUCCAGUACGUUGGUUUGGGCUCUGGUCUCAGUGACUUAGCCAAGCUCUUCACCUGCUCUGUGCCUGAAGAUUCACUCCACGAGUGCAACAGUGCCGAUGGGUUUCCGAACGCCUUGACGAUGGGUCAAGGUGAAAAAGCAUUGCUGUCCUCUUAUCGCAAGACAUUUGAGGAGGCCUCUGGAAAACCUUAUCCAUGGGAUCUCUUUGUGAUGCAUUGGCAAGUAGCCUUGAUCGAUUGGCUUCGUUUCCAAGCGUCCUGGGGGUUCUGGGGGAACACUGAAUGGCUCGAAGCGCGCGCUCGCUCGAUACUCGCGGAUAGAGGAUGGUUGAGUUGGCUGUCGUGCGCCUGCGAGCCAUGA